GGCGAAGAAGGGGCCGGGUUGGCGGGCGGGCGGGCGGACGGGAGCGGCCCCGGUUCGGUGCGGGCGGAAAACAGCGGCUGUCUGCUGUGGGCGCGGGGAAGCAUCGCGUUGGUGAGGUAGGCCGGCACGGGGCAGGCGGUAACGCUCCCCCGCGCUGAGGGGCUGAAGGCGUCGUUCUGUGGUACGAGGAAUAAAAUGUGGCCCUUCCGGGUCACACCUGAAGAGCAGCCGUGCUUAAGCUACUCCCUUAUUCCAGUCAGCUGUGUGUAAGAACGGGACGUUUUGAAGCAGAAGGAUGAUAUGAAGGAAAACAAAGACAUCUUAGCAGCUGCUUUAAGUGUUUUUGAUGAUGAAGAAGAAAGCAAGUUGUCUUACACAGAAAUCUAUCAGGAAUACCAAGCGCUGGUUGAAAAAUUAUUAGAAGGCUAUCUUACAGAAGUUGGCAUUACUGAAGAGAAAUUUCAGGAAGCUUUUUCAUCUCCUCUUGCAAAGACUCAUACUUCACAGGCCAUUUUGCAAACAGUACUGGCAGCAGAAGAUUUUAGACUAUUUAAAAAAAUGAUGGUACAGAAAAAUAUUGAAAUGCAAUUGCAAGCCAUUAGAGUAAUGAAAGAAAGAAAUGGUGUGUUGCCUGACUGUUUGACAGAGGGUUCUGAUGUAUUCAGUGAAAUUGAACAAGAAGAAAUGAAAAUACUCAGGGAGGUUCUAAGGAAAUCUAAGGAAGAAUAUGAAAUAGAGCAAGAAAGGAGAAGGACGGAAGAGGCACGUGCUAAAUGCAAAUCACCAGCUGUGACCAGUUUUCCAGGAGAUUCAAGAGAAACUGUAAAAGUUAAGGAGUCUACUGAGGGAGCUGAUCGUUCUGAAGAAACUCCAAAAUUAUCAUUAGAGGAAUCUCGGAAACCUGCAAAGGCAGACUUAAAACCAGUCCGCCCAUUGCAGAAAGACCCAGAGAGCUUAGCUCAGCCCACCAGAGGGAAGGAGGACACAAAGAAAAGACCACCUGGAAAACGUGCAGAAAGUGCAGCGCAGAAAGCUGCGACAGAAGGACACAAUACACCAGAACUUGAUGAGCAGCAGCUGAAACAACGGGAAGACUACCUUAAGAAAAAACGAGAUAUGCUGAUAGCUGCAAAGAAAGAGUCCAGAAACAAUAUAAUACCACCCACAAACACAGACCAGAAGGAGGAGGAACCAUCUCCUAAAGAGGAAGUUUCAGAAGAGAAGCAAAAAUUACUGCAGAAGAGGAAAGUGCUGGCAGAAAAACUAAAAGAAGAAGUUAUUAAUAAGCGGUAAUUGAGAGAAUUUCAUUGCAGAUCUCUCAAGAGCAGAGGCAUCUUUUAGAAUAAAUUACAUAACCAAUAAUGGAACGGGUUUGUUUUCAAGUAUCUUACACUCGUUUUUAUAGAACUUUCAGACAACUCAUUCUGUACUUUGUAUAAAAUAUUUGAAGUUACGCUGAAAUACAUUGAGGACAGAUUUUCCAAAAUGCUGGAAACUCACUGAUUUUCACUGGAAUGUGCUCAACAGUGAGGCAGUUUCACAGCCUCAGCCACUCAAAAAUAGAGUAAAAGCAAAUACUUAUCUGUUAAAAUAAUAACUAAAAAUGUGAACGAACAGAUUUGAAUAACUUAAAACUUUAACUUUUUCUAAAGAUUAUAGAAUUUGGCUCAUUAGAAUAUCAGAAAUAAACUACUGUUUUGGGGCCGUAAUGGAGUCUGAGUUCACAUGGAAGUGCUACUGUGACCGUCUUGUAUGUGAAGAAACACCUCAUGCAGCAUGAAGUGAGGAGAGCUGGAGGUCACACUGUUGUUCACACCUUCCAGGCAGUUUACCUGUACCUUAGAUCCAAGUUUGCUAUGAAUAAGUUAAAGAACAAAACAGAAGCUUCCCGUGCCAAGUAAGAACUAGGAACAUCACCAGAGCAAUUUGGUUCCAAAGUCAAGUCUUUAAACAAACAAAUCAUUUACCAGUUUGUCUUUGGCAGACUUAAAAUGAAGCACGGGAGAGGAUGUCCUUAGCACGUUGUUGACUGUAACUCUGACAUUAAAAGAAACAGCCCAACCGCUUCAAGUUCCAUGUAGCUUUUUAUUAAAAUAGUAUUUAUAACUGA